AUGGCUAACCCUGUAGGCGAGGACAGCUGGCUGGCCUAUCUCGACGAAUCUAUCCGCAACGCUUCCGACCUUGAGAAACGCGUAAAUGUCGUCGAGUUUUUCAAACGCGCUGUUAGCGCAGAGCCGGACAGCUUGAGAAUAUGGCUAGCAUAUUGCAACUAUUUCUGGUCCCUCUGGGCGGAUAGCCAUUCUGAUGCCGCCGGAUGGCCAGAGGAAGAGCAGAUGAUGGGUCGUGAGCUUUUCUCGUUUGAAGCUGCCCUUGGCUUGUGGCAGCAGGGCUACGAGGCUAUCAAGUAUCGCAUCAAUGAUAGCCAUCUUCUCUGGGACCGCUGGAUAUCUCUCGAAAUGGAAUUGCUGGAAAAGACAAAAACACCAGAGGGGGUCAAACGCAUCACACACCUCUACCGUGACCGAUUGACAACGCCUCAUCUCACGUGGGACGACACAUCGCAAAUGUACUCGACCUUCUUAUCGGAGUACAACCGAGCUGCAUGGGAAGAAUCAAUGAAGGAUAUUACGGCGUCAUCUCAAGGCGCAAAGCGGCUCAUGGGCAAACGAGAUUCCUUCGAACUCAAGCUACAACAGGCGUUUCGAGCCGACGACAUUGAAGCGCAAAAGAAGAUCAUGAUUGAAUACCUCGAGUGGGAGACAGCACAUGUUGUUAGCGGCCAAGACGGCACCGAUAUCAGCUUCAAUCUCUGCUGUGGACUCUAUGCCAGAGCUUUGACCGGAAUAUUCGCGACCGAUGAAUCGAUUUGGCACGAGCACAUUGUUUUUCUCUCAUCCUCCUAUGCCGACGCGAAAGCCCCUGAAUUUAUCCUCAACGCCCUUCGUCGAGCCGUUCAGCAUUGCCCUUGGUCGGGUCGCUUAUGGAAUAGGUUAAUACUAUGCGCAGAAGAGGCGAGAUUAGAUUUUUCUGAAGUGGAGUCCAUCAAGCAUGCCGCAACGAGCGAAAAUCAGCUAUACAAGCAUGGCAUGGAGAGCAUGAUCGAGAUGUAUGUAGCCUGGUGCGGUUUCCUCAAGCGGACUGCAAUGGACGCAAGCGCUACCGAUGAGGCUGUCGACGUGGCCGAUGUCGGCCUGAGUGCCGCUCUGGAGGAUGUUGAUGUUGUAGGCAAGAGACUCUACGGCAAAGACUUCCAGGGUGAUCCAAAGUUUCGACUUGAGCGCAUCUAUAUCCAGUACUUGACUGAGAAGAAAAACGCCAUAGAUGAGGCAAGAUUGCAGUGGAAUAAGCUGGCCAAGGCUCAAAUCCAUGCCGAUAGCCAUGACUUUUGGUUUCGCUACUAUAUGUGGGAGAUGCUCAUCUUCUCUUCCACCAACUCAUCCAAUAGUCCUACGCCCUCGUCCGCAGGUGGUAAUUUCCGAAUACCGGUGCUUGCGACCGCUGUCCUUCACCGUGCUGUGAACCGGUCAACAAUUGACUGGCCGGAAAAAGUGCUGGAGGUUUAUAUGCAGCAUUGCAACGACUAUGAAAUAUCACGUUAUGUUCGCAAGGCGGCAGAUAUAGUGCAAAAAGCCGAAAACAAGAUUGCAAAGCGACGCAAGCUAGAAGAAGAAGAAAAGGCUGCUGCAUACGCUGCUUAUUACAGCGCACAGACAGCGGCUGACCCUGGUGAUCCCACUGGAGAGGAGGAUACUUCCUCAAAUAAGAUAAAGAGGAAACGAGAAGAUGCUGCCGAAAUCCAGGAAGAUGCCGGCACCAACAAGCGCCAAAGGAGCGAGCACGAAGCACGCGAGGCUCAGUCUGGCCUGCGGAGAGACAGAGAAAAUACGUCUGUGAUUGUCAAAAAUCUUCCCGCUGAAGUUACCCAGACAAAACUUCGCCAGUACUUUAAAGAGUAUGGCCAUAUAAACAAUAUCACGGCACUUGUUCGCGAAAAGGAUGGCCAGUCUUCAACGGCAUUGAUCGAAUUCCGUGCGCCAGAUGAGGCUCGAUCCGCAUUGCUCAGGGAUGGAAAGUUCUUUGGGCAAUCUCAGCUCACUGUUCAGUCUGGUCACGACUUAACGAUAUACGUUGCAAACUACCCGCCUACCGCUGAUGAGCAAUACAUUCGCCAGCUAUUUCAAGACUGUGGGGAUAUUUUAAGCAUUCGGUGGCCUAGCUUGAAAGUGAACUCGCAUCGUCGGUUCUGCUACGUCUCUUUCUGUGACAGCGAUGCGUCUGCUAAAGCCGUGGCCAAAGAAGGCAUUCUGCUGAAUGGAAAGUACACGCUGCUGGCUAAAUACUCAGAUCCCAACCGCAAGAGGAACCGAGAGGGUGCUGUUGCCGAGGGCCGAGAAGUUCACGUUUCGGGGUUAGGCCCUUCAACUACAGAAGACGAAAUCCGCGAGAUCUUCUCAAAAUACGGAACCAUUGCAAGAAUAAACGUUCCCCGAAGCGACAACGGAAAGGGUCGCGGAUUUGCAUUCAUUGACUUUGAAACGAAAGACCAGGCUGAAAAAGCUGCAUCAGAGCUGAAUAAGAUCAAGUAUGUCAACAAAAUCCUCCAGGUUGAGAUCUCGAAGCCUUCGAACGUGAAGCCUACGGCCCAGAGUGUAUCACACGACCGUGCAACUCCAGCAUCUCAAGCGACCGAAGAUACUGAGGGCGACACAGUAAUGGGAGGCUCCACUACCGCAGCCGAUAUUGCCGCACGCACCAUUGCACUCAUGGGUUUGUCUGACACUGUUAAUGACGCCCGAGUGAGAGCACUUGUUGAGCCGUUUGGCUCUAUUAUCAAGCUUGUCCUCCAGCCCGGCCAUGGCGGCGCACAAAUUGAAUUUGCAGAUUCUUCUGCGGCAGGCAAGGCAAGCCUCCAGCUCAGCAACAUGGACUUUGAAGGCCGUAAGUUACGCGUCGGGUCUCUUGACGAUCUUCGUCAUGCCAAGGCCGAGAAAGUGCAGGAUCGCAUUGUCCCCCGUAGCCAGAGCGAGGCCAAGAAAGACAGACCGGCUGGUAGUACGGAAAAGAGCUUCAUACCCUCGUCAUUGAAUAGGCGACCUACUUUAGGGAAGCCAGCUCCAAAGCGUGGAGGCGGUUUCCUUGCUGCAAGAAUAUUACCAAUAUCUAGUACAAAACCGACGGUCGAAGACACAAAACCAGGGCCGCAGAGUAAUGCGGAUUUUCGAGAGCUGUUUCUAAAAGGCCCAGCUGCGAAGGAUAAUAAGGAUAACAAGGAGGACAGCAACUGA